CCAUGCGUUCGGAAUUUGCUCGCCUAAAUAGAAGGUGGAUAUGCAUGAUGAGCGGGCCCACUGACCACUUCUUGCCGUUCGCAUCUAUCUUCGCUGUCACAUCCACGCUUGUUCAGGCGACAGAAGUACUCUCCGUUGUUGGACGCUUGCUUCAGCGCAAUGAUUGGUCCUAUCACGCCCGUGCGCAUUCUCUUUACGUCAUGGCAUAUUUCUUUAAUCGCUUCUUGCGAUGUGCGCUCGUUCUCGUGAUGUGCAGGGACGCGAUGCCAUUGCCAGGCAAGCGCCAGAUGCCUACCACAUAAAUAGCCUUUCUUUCAAUGCUGCAUCCUCGGCGGGGUUUGCUGUCCCAGCAUCCAAGUCUCCGUCAUGCUACCCAUCCUCUUGCUGCUCGGUAUCCUCCCAGUAGGACUGGCGCUUCCUGCGGAAUUUGCUUCCUCAUAUGCCGGAGCAACUUCCACCAAUACGUUCCCGCCUCCGGGCGCUACGGUUGAGGCUAACGAGAAAUAUUUCCCUGGCCCUGAGGAAGUGGGCUUCGCUGGACCAACACCGACGGGUUCUGAGCCAGAGGCGAUCGCAACUGCACCUGUCGCGGCCCUCAAUUUCCAGACCUAUCCCAUGGUCGUUUCCUCCGGGAUGUAUGCCGGAUCUGGUCCUCCGUUCAACCCCAUGUAUCACUGGGGCAACCUUGGCCCUUGGUACUCGGUUGGAGGCGUCUUCGGUCUUCCAGAUACGUCGCCGCAGGUUCCAGAGGAUUGCGACCUCGAGCAGGUCCAUCUCUUACUUCGUCAUGGGGCACGUUAUCCUACCAGUGGAGAGCUUCCGAGCGUAUUUGCAGCUGCAUUGCACAAGGUAGCUGACAGCACAGGCUUCACCGCGUCUGGGCCUCUGGAAUUCUUGAGCACAUGGGAAUAUACACUUGGCGAGGAGAUCCUAACGCCCUUCGGUCGCUCAGAGCCGUUCAAUCUUGGUGUAGGCUUCAGAGUCAAGUAUGGAAGUUUGUUGAACGGAUUCACGGAUAUCCCGGUAUUCCGCACGACUUCUGAAGACCGUAUGGUGGCAUCACUUGAGAACUUCGCUGUUGGUUUCUUCGGGGUGCCCGAGUAUUUGACCUCGUACCAUGAGGAGAUCAUCAUCGAAUCGUCGGGCUUCAACAAUACACUUGCCCCGUACGAGACCUGCACGAACGCCAAUAACGAUGUCGGCGGCACCAUAGGCUCAUAUGCGGCCGGCAACUGGUCUGAGGUCUACCUGAAAGACACUGUCACGAGGCUUCAGCAGUAUCUGGUCGGUUUCAACCUGACGGCCGAUUAUGUCUAUGCGAUGCAAGGCUUGUGCGCCUAUGAGACUGUGUCGCUAGGAUACUCCAAAUUCUGCGAGCUAUUCACUGAAGAAGAAUGGCGUGGGUUCGAAUAUUCAAUUGAUCUUGAUUUCUGGUAUGGACAAGGACCUGGAAGCCCAAACUCGGCUGCGCGAGGGGUUGGGUGGGUUCAAGAGCUGGUCGCGCGACUCACAAAAACUCCGAUCACGACAUUCGAUACGAACGUGAACAAGACUCUGGACGACAACAACAUCACGUUCCCGCUCAAUCAACCGAUCUACAUCGAUGCUACUCACGAUGUUGUGAUUGCGAAUAUUAUAACUGCAUUGAAUUUUACAACCAUGGCUGCGAAUGGGCCUCUGCCUUGGGACCGUACCCCUGUUGGACAGACUUACCAUGUGCAGCACAUUGCGGCUUACACCUCAAACCUUGUUGGCCAGGUGCUAUCGUGUCCUGUCUCUUCUGCCAACUCCACAAAGGAAAAAUUCAUCAGAUUCCUUCUGAACGACGGUGCAGUGCCAUUGACAGGCAUCUCGCAUUGCGAGACGCCUAACAAGGAUGGGCUUUGCUUGUUUGACAACUUUGUGGAGGGGAUGAAGGAGCGUAUCGCGGAGAUUGACUACGCGUACGACUGCUUCGGGGACUACUCCAUCCCGGUGCCGGACGACAUAAUCGACGGGAGGAUGCCGCGCUGAAUGGCGGUGAGAUGGAGGAUGCACAAUCGCAGCGCACCUUUGUCUCUACGUCAUGUAUUAGCGGAUGCUGCAGUCAAUAUCAAGGUCUUGAUCAGGAUUUGAUCCGGGUACCUUUAUUUCGUAGCCCUUCUCCGCUGAAACCCGACACGAUCGUGACUGAGGCUAUCAGUUUGAUGUUGAGUCACUACCUGAUUGGCCAUGUUGACCUCGUGCGUCGCGGUGCGUGUUCGCAUUGAACAUG